UGCUGGUGUUUAUGAAGGAAGGAAAGAUGAUGUCUUCUUCGUCUCCGAGGUCCCUACCCUCUUCAAGUCUCGCUUCUCACUGCAUUCGCCUGGCCCAGACAGCCGCUUCAGAAUCCUAGAAGAUGGAUUACCAACAGCCGCACCGCUACAUGAGGCCUCCCCCGCCUCCUCCGUAUGCUCCGGAUCCCAACCACCAGCCUCAACUCCGGCAUCCACUCCCGCCCCCCGGCCCCUGGUACCCCUCCGCCCAAUUCCAGUACCAAUCUCCGUCGCCGCCGCCCCCGCCGCCUCACCACCAGUGGACUCCUUCUCAGACCGAUCACCUCCCUCCUCCUUAUCCUGCGCCUCCCCCUCCCAAUCCUCCUUAUCCUGCGCACCCCCUCCACAGCCAGUACCCGCCUCCGCCACCUCCUCCCCCUCCUCAUCGGCCUUCCAUCCCUCCCCCUUAUCAUCCUCACUCUCAGAUUCCCCAGUCUUAUCAUCAGGAUUGGGGCAAUGGUCACUGGGGUCAUCAUCAAGGUUGGGAGUACCCAGCUCACCACAAUGAAGAAGAUUGGGCUGCUAAGGCUAGAGCGUGGGCAGCCGCCAAAGUUGCAACAGACAAUCAGCAUUCACAGUCACAGUUCACAACAAGUGGCAGACUGGAAGAACAGAGUCAUUAUCAUGAUCAGUAUCUGCCAAGUUCUGAUCCUCAUCAUCCUGAUGUUUUUCAACCGUCCCUUCCUGCAUCCGGUUAUCAACACUAUCCACCUACAGCUGCACCUCCGCACAGGCCACCUGUUCAUCUGCAGGAGUCUGCAUCCACCAGUUCUGGGCAAUCUUCUUUUGUUCCAGAUGAGCAUUUGGCUUACAGUGCUAGAGAUGGGAAUUUUGCAGGAGAUUCAACUGCUGUGUUUCCUUAUCAUGAAAAUUCAUCUACAAAUUCAUCGGUUCAUCUGCAGGAGGUACCUUCUAGUUAUUCUUCUGUUACAGGUAAAGAAGUGGCUGGAGAUCAGAAUGAAAAGCUUUUCAAGUCUUUCCCUUCUCCCUUUGAGUCAAGUCAAGGACCACACCCACUGCCUACUGUUGGUAGAUCAGUUUCAAUAGAUCAGACCCAUUAUGCAGUCAGCAACCUGUCAACUGAGGCCCCAAUUGAUCUUAGUGAUCAGCCUUUACAGUUUACCCCUAGGUUUAAUCAUGAUCAUGAUCCACUUGCGCAUCCAAAUUAUAUUCAUAAUGAUUCAGGGGGUUCUGUAAGAAGUGUAGAACCUACUGUUCCUGCCCCUUCUAAGCAUACUUGGACACCUGCUGCUGUUCCUGGCUCUGUUUAUCCUUCAAUCCCUCCAGUACUUAAAUCAGGACAAGAGCAUGAUCCUUCUAUAGCUGUACCUGCUCCAAUGCCUGGAUAUUCUGCACCUCUGUUUGGGAUCCCUGGACCGAACUUCCAGCCAACAAUUCCAUCUGUUGCAACACCAUUUAGCAUAGGUGCAGGAAGUGGGCUACACCCAACAACAGCCUUUCCUGGUGAUGUUUUUGGGGUUUCUAGUGUUUCUGAACGCCCUAAAAAGGCUUCUGUUCCUAACUGGCUAAGAGAGGAAAUAAUUAAGAACAAAGCUGUUAUUGCAACUUCUGCUCCCGAGCAACCGAAAGAGGAAACAGAAUACCUUGAAGAUGAAGCUGUUGACAAAUCUCUUGCUAAAGCUGAUCAGGCAGAUAGAAAAAGCAUAGAUUCUUCUAAAUCUACUGAAGAAGAAGAUGAGGAUGAGGACGAUAUGGAAGCGGCUAGAACAAUAGCUGUAAAUCAGGAAAUAAAGCGUAUCCUGACUGAAGUUUUAUUGAAGGUUACUGAUGAACUCUUUGAUGAAAUUGCAACUAAAGUUCUAAGUGAAGAUGAUCUCACUAUUGGAGUUGAUGAAAAUAUUAUUGCCCCAAAUCACAAACUAAUACCAUCUGCUCCAGAAGUUCCAACACCUAAGGCUUCUGCAAAGGUUAUAAUUCCAGCCAAAGCCAAGGGAUCUGAAAAUGAAGAUGAUAGUGGAAAGUCUACUUCUAGCUCUCCUGGAGACGUCUUAGGUCUUGCUAGUUAUGCCUCUGAUAAUGAUGAUAAUGAUGAAAACAGUGUUCAUCAACAGAGUACAAGACUGCUUUCAGAAGAUAAGCUUGCAGUUCAGAAUGGAAGUUCUCAACCAAAAAGUGAAGGGCAACCCAGAAAUGUAGAGGGUGAAACUAGCAGAAUGGGCCCUAAUGGAGCCAAAAUUCAUCAUGGUGCCGUUUUCAAUGAAAUGGGUGACAAUAGAAUAGGUAGAGAGUCAUCUGAUGGCCGUUUGGGUACGAGAUAUUCUCCUAAGCGAGUUUCUGGAGCUGUGGAAAAUGAGGAUAACUCUGAUGGGAAAAGGCUGGACAAAACUGGUUCCUCCAGGCCAAAUCAUAGUGUACAAGAAAAGGUUGUGAAAUCUGAACUGCCACUGGAGAAUUUUAGCGCCAAAAAGUCAGUUACAGAUGAUUCUUUAAGUAGAGAAACCAGAUAUAAGCAAGAUAAGAAUGAUAGGCAUGAAAGCAGAAGGAAUUCUGCUGGGAAGGACAUCAUGAAGGAGGCAGAUAGCGUUAAAGAUAGAACAGAUGAGAGGGAACAUGAGUCUCGUAAAAGGCAGGAUGGGAGGCAUGUAAGAAAAGAAGGGAUAGAUGAUAGGAACAACUCAAAAGAGAAAGAAAGAGAGCAAGGGGGAAAGGUUGGGGAAAAAGCAAAGGACUCUGAUUCACAAAAAAGGUCUGUUCAACAUGAUGUUAAGGAAGAUAGCAAGGAAAAGGAGAGAGGUAGAAGAGCUAAUGCUAAAGAAGACACUGAUAGAAGAAGAGAACGAAAAAAAGAUGAGAAAGGGGAGAGAUCAAGGCAUAAGGUCACAAGUGAAUCAAGUAGACAUAAAAGACGUCGUUCUUCUUCUGUUGGCAGUAGAAGUAGAAGCAACAAGGACAACACAGUGGUUAGUCAUGCCAAUAAUUCAAGUGAUGAAUCCUCUGAUGACUCCAAAAGGAAGCUGCAAUCAAAAAGGCGCAACUUUUCUCCAUCACCUGAGAGGUCUAGGAAAAGACAAGAUUCGCGGUCUCCACAUAGCAAGCACUCUCAGCGCAGGCAUUCCCCAUAUUCUUCUUAUGAGACCACCAGGGCAAGGAGGUCAAGGUCCAGGUCACCAGCUCGUAAAAAAAAUUCCCCCCCCCCCCCCCCCAACUCUCUCUCAUUCAAACCAUUCACGCUCCCAAAAUCAAACAAUCAGAAGCAAUUCUCGCUUCAUUCUCAUUUCUCAAAACCAUCAACUGAAGCAGCAGCUAUGAAAGCGUCGUCCUCCUUCUCUCCCUACAAAAUUAAGGGAUUGCAACUGGGUUUGUGGUCGAUUUGGCUGUCUGGGAUUUCCUUGAUUGCUUUCUCCUUCUAUGUCACCCAGCUCCUGCCUUUUCCCAUCAAAGAUCAGAUCACAAAAUCCAAGGUUUUUCUCAAUGGUUUCAUCUCCUCUGAAACUCCCACGAUCACCAUAUUUACAGCUCCUCCCUCUUUCAGUGGCUCAGUGGGGGCGAGGCAGGCUCUUGCUGUUCGAUCAUGGCUAGGGUUGUCGCCAGAUAUCACUGUUGUUCUCUUCAGCCAAGACCCUUCUGUUGUUUCUUUUGCAGCAGGGUUUGGUGCACGGGUUUCAGUUGAAUCCGAUAUUGAUUUCACGUUUCUAAGUACCCCUUUUUUCCACUCGAUGAUUGCAAGAUCACAGGCAUCCAAGUCAAGUAUUUCUGUUCUUAUCGAUCCAGAAACCAUUCUCUUGCCUGACUUCAUUUCGGUUUUAAAUUACGCUCACAAACUUGAUAAUGACUGGCUACUUAUAGCUUCCUCACGGAAUCUGUCCUAUUUCCCGUUUCACCUGGAUGAAGAUGGAAAGCAUUGGCUGGAUGAGAAUGGUAAACGAAUUAGAACAAAAAAGCUGCAGGGAUCUCUUGCUCAGUCGUGGCAGUGGAAACAUUGUGAAGAUAGGAUGCUUCUGGCUUGGAACAAUGGAGAUCUUCCUUUACAUACUGGAGUCCUUCCUCCUUUCUUGUUUGGAAAGGGCCUCCACAAUCAUUGGAUCAUUAAUGAGGCCUUAUCAUCUCGCUUAAGAUUUGUAUUUGAUGCAAGCUGGAGCAUCUCAAAUUUUUAUCUAAGUGCUCUUGACAAUAUGUCUUAUCAGUUCAGAGAUUCCAGUGUUCCAAAUUUUGAACUUCGGAGUUGGGAGUAUAUGGGAAAUUCCCAUCUUGCAGCUCUGUAUGGAUCAUUGUUUUUCCAUGAAGAGAAUUACUCAAACUUGGUUAAAUUUCUCAAGUGUGGCAGACAAUAUGUUUUUGUCAAUUCAGCGGAAAGUAUUGCUUACCCAUUUGGGUACCAGAGAUUGUUGAGCUUAAGGAAGGAGGAAGUCUUGAGAUCCCAGAGGAGGAAAAUUGUGGAUUGUGUCCAUGGUAUUAAAACACUAGAUGGAACUAGAGACUGCUCUAUGAAGGACAAAUUGAAGCCUUCUAUAUCACUAUCUCUACCAUUCUCUCUAGAGAUGUUCCUUUCAAUGCUUGCAGACCAAAAUAAAACAAUUGUAUUAGCAAUUGCGGGAUAUAGUUACAAGGACAUGCUUAUGAGCUGGGUCUGCAAUCUACGGCACCUGCUAAUCUCUAAUUUUGUGGUCUGUGCUCUUGACCAUGAUAUAUAUCAUUUCUCUGUCUUGCAGGGCCUACCCGUUUUCAAGGAUUCACUUGCUCCAAGCAACAUUAGCUUUAAUGACUGCCACUUUGGAUCACAGUGCUUUCAGAGGGUGACUAAAGUGAAGUCCAGAGUGGUUCUGCAGAUUCUGAAGCUGGGUUAUAAUGUACUUCUUAGUGAUGUUGAUGUCUAUUGGUUCAAAAACCCGUUGCCAUUUCUUUACUCUUUUGGGCCUGCAGUUCUUGUGGCACAAUCUGAUGAAUACAACAGAACUGGGCCCAUAAACUUACCAAGGCGCUUGAAUUCUGGCUUCUAUUUUGCUCGCAGUGAUGGUCCAACAGUUGCUGCAUUGGAGAAGGUAGUGAAGCAUGCGGCUACAUCCAAUCUUUCAGAGCAGCCAAGUUUCUAUGACACGCUAUGUGGGGAAGGUGGAUCCAAUCGUGUGGGGCAUAACGAAUGUUUGGAACCUGAAACGAAUCUGACUGUUCAUUUUUUGGACACAAACCUCUUCCCAAAUGGUGCUUACCAAGGUAUCUGGGAGUCAAAAAAAGUGGGAGAGACUUGUGAAAAGAAGGGGUGUUUCAUUCUCCACAACAACUGGAUCAGUGGGAGGAGGAAGAAGUUGGAACGACAAGUCUUGUCGGGCCUGUGGGAUUAUGAUGUCAGCUCGAGGAUGUGCCUGCAGAGGUGGCAGAAGUCCAAGUUGAUUACUUAUUUUUGAUCACUGGGAGAUGCCUCAGUUUUUGUGCACAGCUAGCUUGGGUUUUCACAUCGAGGAAAAAUAUGAAGAAAACAUUCUGCUGAGCUUUGGAUUUAUUGUUUGCGUUAUCUGGAAAAUGUCAAAAGUCAAGAGAGCAGGCCAUGAAAAAAAUAGCAUACUCAUAUACAUAUGUACGUAUAUUUACCAUACAUAUCUACAAGGGAUGGGGCAUUCUGUAUGGGCAAAUGCCUAAGCAUAUUGAAUUGCUUGGUUUGGUUGACUCGCCAGUCGCCACUAUAAAUGGCAUCAGAGAGGGCUGACAAUUAUAGAGUGUGGGCUUCUGGUUGCUAGUUAUGCUGAAAGAUGUGCUUGUUUGUUUAGUUGUGGUACAUUACUGCGACAGAGAAACAUAGAAAGGAAGAGUCGGAUGUUUCCAUAUCAGAUGGACUUAAAGGACGUUGCUGUGAGAAUAAUUCGUGCAAGUAGGAAAAACAUACUGGAAAAACAGAACUCUUAGUACUGGGAUGUGUGCAGCCAGACCAUAAGUCUUAGUACCACAGAACUCUCUUUUAUUGGCAGAACAGAAGCUGUUUCCGGGUCUUGUUAUCCCGUUUACAACUGUACAGUAAUUGAAACGUCAAAGUUAAAGAAUAUGACGAGUGUAAAAGAAGUAGGGUUGGAUGGAAAGACAAAAUGCAGCUGGAAAUUUACCAGACGAAUCUGUUUGUUCUGGAAAGGACUUUGUAUGUCUCUAGAUAAAGCUUUUAUAGUGUCUUGCAAAAAAGCUGAAGAGGAAGAAAGCUUUCAUACUCCUGAUGAAGAUAGAAAGUUCUCAUUAGUUUAGGAUUUUAUAGUUCUUUUAUGUUAGGAUUUUAGUUAUUUAGGAACUUACAAUUAGAAAUUAUAUAUAUAUAUAUAUAUAUUGUUAUUUGGUCUUCCUAACUUAGUAAGAGUAAGGAUUCUUUGUUUUUGUUUUCUAUUUGGUUAGAAUUUGGGUAUAUUAGUACCUCGCAAGUGUAAGGAUUAUUGAUAUAAUAUUGAUUAUUGAAUAUAAGAGUUGACUUCAAGUUCAAUAAUUAUGGUCGU